AGAGAAAGGAAGAAUCGUGUGAAAGUGAAAAGCAUGGUGCAGCGGAAACCAUGGCUAAAACCGUGGCAGAGCUGCUGAGGGAGGCCGCAGCUGCUUUGGAACAGCAUCAAGUUCAGCCGCAAACAGCAGUUUCCAACUCAAGUCUUUCUUCAACACCUUCUGCUCCUGAGCGCCGUAACAGUGUUCGAGCAGAGGUUUUGAGGCUGUUCAGUCCUUACCCUGCACGAGGUGUACAACGGAAGUCAACCUCACCAGCCAUCAUGACCAAAAAAUUAAAAAAGACCACAUACACUCACGUUUUCUUCUGCCUGGCUUAAAGAAAGGACAGUGACGUCCCAACCCCAGCUGAGAAAAGAGUACUUGAAAGGGCAGGUCUAGGGGAAAGGAAAAUCACAUUCCCAGAUAAAUACUGUGGUGCAUCUGACUUUUCCGAUCACCUAGAGUUGAACUUUCCACAACUAAAGCACUGUGGUGGGUUUCAACUCCUGCAGAAACGGGGCUCUACAAAGUCCAAGGUCUUGGAAAUCAUUCCUUGCCCAAAGGAUGGGUAUACUCCAGAGGGCCUGUGCAACAAAGAACUUGGAGUGGGGGCAGCUGUGAUUUACAUAAGGCCACUCCAAAAAGAUAUUGACCUGCAGGAUCCUCCCAGUGUGACACUCACUCCUCAAACAUCUGGACCAAUGGUGGAAUGUGUCUACUGUGCAGAGAUAUUUAGCUUCUCUGAGAUUCAAGGCCACAUUGACUGUUGUGAGAAAAAAAAUAAUUCAGAUUCAACUGCUGAAGAAACCUUUGAGAAUCCCCCAUCAGGAAGCUCAGAAGAGACCCGGGCAGGAACCUCAGCUGCUGCUAGCUCAUCAAGCAACCAACAUCCACUUGAAGAAAAUCAAAGUAAUAGCUCUGAAGUUUUCACUUAUAAUGACUUUUCAGAGUGGACAACAGAGCCUGAUGUUUACAAGGCAGCCAACAUGUUUCGACGUCACUUGCUCAACAAUGCUGAACUCAAGCCAGAGUUGGUUGCAAGGCUUGAUCUCAGAUCCACUGAGGAAGAUCGUGAAAGGGAGAUUCUAACUUUCUACAAAAAACCAGGAAUUGACUGGGCAAGCCCAUUUUCUGUUAUACUGAGUGGUGAUACGGCUGUUGGAGAUGGUGUAAAACGGCAUUUCCUGUCUAUGGUAAUGGAAAAAAUCCAGUUUGGUUUCGACCUUGACCUCGAGAGCACUGGCAGAACUCUUCUGUUCAAUGGGACAGGCGAUCACAAGGUCCCAUCCACUUCCAGACCCCUGAUAGAUGGAGACCUUUUCCGAGUAGCUGGACAUGCCAUAGGACAUUCUUUUAUUCAUGGAGGCCCUCGAUUCACUGGACUGAGUCCAGCAAUGUUGCAGCAAAUUGUUGGAAGUAACGAGGAGUCUGCUGCACUUGAGCUUUCUGACUGCCCUGAUACAGAUGUUGUUGAUGUGGUGUCUAUACUUGAUAGUCAGAGGGAACUGACCCCACAGGAACGAUGCGAGGUGAACAACUUGGCCUUUAGCUGGGAUCUUCCUCGCAUCAGUAAUAACAAUAGGAGGUGGUUGGCAGAGAAAAUCCUACAGCAUGCAGUCAUUGAACGGAGAAGAACACAAAUGAAGCAGCUCCGUAGGGGGCUGAAAGACAGCGGUGUUGUCACCAUGAUUAAAGAGCAUCCGGCCCUAGUCGAGGUCCUUUUCCCAAGAUCGGCAGAACAAGUGAUGGACUCACAGACCAUCUUGAAAAGGAUCAUCUGGCCAAUGCCAGAUAGUGAGGAUGAGGAUGACCACAGCAACAUGGAGGAGACAUGCCUGGUCACAGGCUUUUUGAGAGACUACAUUGAAAAAGGGUCUUCUCAGGAACUACAACUCCUCCUGAAGUUCUGGACAGGUUGGAGUAUACCUCCCCAGCACCUUUAUGUUGAAGUAUCUCCAGAAAUUACUCUGCCAGUCACCUCAACCUGCCUCACAACGCUGAAACUCCCACUGCCAAAGUUACCAGGUAUUCAAAGAAAACCUGGAAGCAUCUGUGAGAUCUACAGAGUUUGGGUUUGGGAUGAUCUGAUUAGAGUGAUCUGAGAAACUGUGUCUUUAAAGCAGAGGUAGGCAAUAAGAGAAACCGCACUCCCACAUUUCCACGCCUGGUUUGUAGUUGUGUUUGUAAAAUUUUAGUGAUGCUUGUCUUUAUUUUUCAGCAGUCUGUAAAAAGAUAGUUCUGCUCUCAUGUUGAAUAUAUUUGUAUAGUCAAUCACACAACAGCUCUUUACAGUUUUACAUGAUGGUUUUUGUGUACUGUAUGGCACAUGCGCCCAUGAUGGCACACAAGGUCAUUAACAUGGGCACACAGAGUAAUUCAAUAAAAAAAAUUUAAUAUACUUUUUGGGAUGGCAAAACAUUUUUAAUAAUAAAAUAUAACCUAAUGGUGAAUUAAACGAACAAUUUAAUUCAAAAUAAUCUGAGAUAAUUAAUUAGGCUCAAAAUACACCAUUGUUUUUGACAGCAAGAGAAAUUUGGGCUUUUUGUGAAAUUUUAAAACCUGACACAAGACAUCCAAAAGGUUGCUGACCCCUGCUUUAAAGUUUCAAUGGUGUUACUUGUUUAAAAUUCAUUUCAGACCCCCAGUUGUGAAAGUUGGUGUUUAUCUCUUUUUCAUACUCUUCAAGUAAAUUGCUUUCAGUUAUGGAGCACUUAGACAUGUUAAGGCAUCACUUCAAAGGGACAUUUCCCUUUUUUUUGAAGUGGGGUUGUAUGAGCUGUAGAUUGUUUAUUGUUUACAAAAAGCAUUUUAUCCACCAAAAAAAAGCCUAGCAAAAAAACAAACAAAAACAUAUUGUUUUAAAUGUACAUUAUGUGAUAUUUCCACUGCUUAACUUUGCCAUCAGACAGAGCUGUCUUUUGGCACUAUAUUUUCUCUACUACUAAUAGGGAAGUUAAGCUGUUGAGAAUAUAUUGUGCCAAAAGACAGAGCUUUCAGUUCAUGGCCUGCAUUACAUGCUGGUUCUUGUGGCUGCUUCAGCAAACCUGGAGUGCUCAGAAGUACCUCAUGAGGAACUAUCCCCUUAAACCAGUUAAU